GUUCUCAUUGGCCGCGCGGCUUUGACGAAGAAAGUGACGCGAGGCGGGUCCUGGGCUGAGUGUGCCGUGUCCCUCAGGCCGGGGCUCCUCGCGUGGGUGGCGGCGGAUUGGGCGCCCCCCUUGGCCGGUGCUGAGCCCACGAGACCUUGGGUUUCGCUGGGCACCGGCUGCCCGGUCUCUGGAUCCACGGUGCGGGACGUCCUCGUAAGCGUGGAUCCGGUGCCCGUCUCCUAGAUGGUGCAGGGAGUCCUGGAGGCCCCAGUGAGGUUGGAUGGGCAGCAUGGAUGACUGGCACAGAGCCUUCACCCAAAACGCACUCGUCCCUCCCCACCCACAGAGAGCUCGCCAGCUUGGGAAGGAGUCCACAGCAUUCCAGUGUGUCCUGAAGUGGCUUGAUGGGCCACUAAUUAAGCAGGGAAUCCUAGACAUGUUGUCGGAGCUUGAAUGCCAUCUGCGAGUGUCUCUCUUCGAUGUCACCUACAAACACUUCUUUGGAAGGACAUGGAAAACCAUGGUGAAGUCCACCAAUCAGCUGUCCAGGCAGCCGCCCAGGAUCAUCUUCAAUGAGCCUGUCUACUUCCACACGACCUUGAACCACCCGAACGUCGUGGCUGUGGUUGAAGUGGUCGCUGAGGGCAGGAAGAGGGACGGCACCCUGCAGGUGCUGUCCUGUGGGUUUGGAAUAAUUCGAAUCUUUGGUAAUAAGCCGGAAUCUCCCACCUCUGCUGCCCAGGACAAACGGUUGAGGCUGUAUCAUGGCACCCCCAGAGCCCUUCUGCAUCCGCUCCUCCAGGAUCCCAUAGAACAGAGCAAGCACAUGACACUGAUGGAGAACUGUAGCCUCCAGUACACCCUGAAGCCACACCCACCCCUGGAGCCUGCCUUCCACCUGCUUCCCGAGAAUCUCCUGGUGUCUGGUCUCCAGCAGAUCCCUGGCCUCCUUCCUCCUCACGGGGACACGGGUGAUGUCCUGAGGAAGCCUCGCUUCCAGAAGCCCACCACAUGGCACCUGGAUGACCUCUUCUUCACCCUGUACCCCUCACUGGAGAAGUUUGAGGAGGAACUUCUGGAACUGCUCAUCAGCGACCACUUCCGGGAGGGGGUCAGCCUGCUGGAUGGCAGCACCCUGGAGGUCCUGGAGAGGCGCCUGCAUGUCUGCGUCCACAACGGCCUGGGCUUCGUGAACAGGCCACAGGUGGCUGUGCUUGUACCCGAGAUGGACGUGGCCUUGACGCGCUCAGCGAGCUUCAGCAGGAGAGUCAGCAGCUCUUCUAAGAACAGCUCCGGAAACCAGGCUCUGGUUUUGAGAAGCCACCUGCGCCUCCCGGAGAUGGUCUGUCACCCAGCAUUUGCCAUCGUCUUCCAGCUGGAGUACGCGUUCAGCAGUCCUUCAGGAGCGGAUGGCAGUGCGGGCUCGUCCACCUCUCUAUCCAACUUGGCAUGCAUGCACAUGGUUCGCUGGGCUGUUUGGAACCCCGAGCUGGAGGCAGCCUCAGGAAAAGUGACGCUGCCUCUUCAGGGUGGGAUCCAGCACAAUCCCUCACACUGUCUGGUCUAUAAGGUGCCUUCAGCUAGCAUGAGCUCUGAGGAGGUGAAGCAGGUGGAGUCGGGAACCAUCCAGUUCCAGUUCUCGCUGAGCUCAGACACCCCCCCAGAGCAUGGCCCCAAGGCAGAGCGGCGUUCCUUCAGGAAGACACCUGCGUCCCCUUCAGGCACGCCAGCACCAGCCGCCCAGGAUCUUGCUGCAAUCCAGGACUCUCCUGUGGGACCAGGGCUGUCGCUUUCCCAGCUGGCGGCCUCCCCACAGCCUCCGGCUCCGCGCAGCUCUUCCAAGCCCCCUCCUCAGGCCCUGGACAGACCUCAGUCCCCACAGGGUCCCCUGCUCCAGGCAGAACCCGUGUUAGAGGGCAGGGUCUCUCACCUGGAAGCUGACCUGAGCCAGACGUCCUUGGUUCUGGGAACACCUGCUGUCGAUCAUCUGCAGGAACUCCCCUUCACUCCUCUGCAUGUCCCCAUAGUUGUGGGAGCCCAGACCAGGAGCUCGAGAAGGCAGCUCUCGAGAGCAGCAAUGGCGCUCCUGCAGUCUUCCGGCUUCCCUGAGAUCCUGGAUGCCAGCCAGCAGCCAGUGGAAGCCGUCAAUCCCUCAGAUCCGGUGAGGUUCAACCCUCAGAAGGAGGAGUCAGAUUGUCGCCGAGGGAAUGAGAUCGUGCUUCAGUUUCUUGCCUUCAGCAGAGCAGCCCAGGACUGCCCAGGAGCACCAUGGCCACAGACUGUGUAUUUCACCUUCCAGUUUUACCGUUUUCCACCUGAGACCACGCCACGCCUGCAGCUGGUCAAGCUGGAUGGGACAGGCAAGAGCAGCUCCGCCUCCCUGUCCCAUGUCCUCGUCCCCAUUAAUAAAGACGGCUCCUUUGAGGCUGGCUCUCCCGGCUUCCAGCUGAGGUACAUGGUGGAUCCCGGGUUCCUGAAGCCAGGCGAGCAGCGCUGGUUCACCCACUACCUGGCUGCUCAGACGCUGCAUGUCGACAUCUGGGAUGGAGACUCUCUGCUCCUCAUUGGGUCUGCUGGCGUCCAGAUGAAGCACCUCCUCCGCCAAGGGCGGCCAGCUGUUCAGGUCUCACAUGAACUGGAGGUCAUGGCCACUGAGUAUGAACAGGAAACGAUGGUGGUGAGCGGUGAUGUGGCUGGCUUUGGCAGCAUCAAGCCCAUUGGUGUCCACACAGUGGUGAAGGGCCGCCUGCACCUGACCUUAGCCAACGUGGGUCACAUGUGUGAGCCAAGAGCAAGAGGUUCCUGUUCGCUGCCACCAUCCAGGUCUCGGGUCAUCUCAAAUGACGGAGCCAGCUUCUUCUCUGGGGGAAGCCUCCUCAUACCAGGAGGCCCCAGACGAAAACGUGUGGUGCAGGCGCAGAAGCUGGCUGACGUGGACAGCGAGCUGGCCGCCAUGCUGCUGACCCACACUCGGGCCGGCCAGGGGCCCCAGGCUGCGGGCCAGGAGGCAGAUGCUGUGCACAGGCGCAAGCUGGAAAGGAUGCGUCUGGUGCGCCUGCAGGAGUCCGGAGGGGAUUCUGGCAGCCGCAGGAUCAGUUUGCUGGCACAGCAGAGUGUCCGUGCACAGCACUCUCGGGACCUGCAGGUCAUUGAUGCCUACCGGGAGCGCACCAAGACAGAGAGCAUCACCAGUGUACUGAGCCAGGCCAUCACCACCCACCACACACUGUACGCCACGCUGGGCACGGCUGAGUUCUUCGAGUUUGCUCUUAAAAACCCGCAUAACACUCAGCACACGGUGGCCAUCGAGAUUGAUAGCCCGGAGCUCAGCAUCAUCCUGGACUGCCAGGAGUGGCGGCACUUCAAGGAGGCCGCUGGCCUGCACACGCCCCUGGAGGAGGACAUGUUCCACCUGCGUGGCAGCCUGGCCCCCCAGCUCUACCUGCGACCCCGGGAGACUGCCCACAUCCCCUUCAAGUACCAGAGCUUCUCCGUGGGCCCACUGGCUCCACCACAGACCCCUGCUGAGAUGAGCUCAGAGAAGGACCCAGAGUCUGGACCCCUUUGGAAGCACAGUACCAUGCCUACUAAACACGCCAAGGUUCUUUUCCGGGUGGAGAGUGGCCGGCCCAUUGCAGUGCUCUGCCUGACUGUGGAGCCCCAGCCCCAUGUGGUGGACCAGGUCUUCCGCUUCUACCACCCAGAACUCACCUUCCUGAAGAAGGCCAUCCGCCUGCCUCCCUGGCACACACUUCCAGGUGCUCCUGUGGGGAUGCCCGGUGAGGACCCCCCAGUCCAUGUGCGAUGCAGUGACCCAAAUGUCAUCUGUGAGGCUCAGAACGUGGGUCCCGGCGAGCCACGAGAUGUGUUUCUUAAGGUGGCCAGCGGUCCAAGCCCGGAGAUCAAAGACUUCUUUGUCAUCAUCUAUGCGGAUCGCUGGCUGGCGGAGCCUGUGCAGACAUGGCAGGUCUGUCUCCACUCCCUGAAGCGUGUGGACGUCUCCUGCGUCGCAGGACAGCUGACCCGUCUGUCCCUUGUCCUACGGGGGACACAGACUGUUAGGAAAGUGAGAGCCUUUACUUCCCACCCUCAGGAGCUGAAGACAGACCCUGCAGGUGUCUUCAUGUUACCGCCUCAUGGGGUGCAGGAUCUUCACGUGGGUGUGAGGCCGAGGAGGGCUGGCAGCCGCUUUGUCCAUCUCAACCUGGUGGACAUGGACUACCACCAGCUGGUGGCGUCAUGGCUCGUAUGCCUCUCCUGCCGCCAGCCUCUCAUUUCCAAGGUGCUGGGUCUCCAGCCUGCCUGGAUGUGCCGUAGGUGGAGAGGGUUUCACCCACGUGCCGGCCUGCCUCACAGGUCUAGAAGCUGCUACAGAAGGGUGGGAGCCCAGGCGAAUGCUGAAGUUCCUGUGUCCUUGCAGGUGGCGGGAGGAGAGACCUACACCAUCGGCCUGAGGUUUGGGCCGAGUGGUAGUACCGGGCAGGAGGAGAUCCUGAUUUACAUCAAUGACCACGAGGACAAGAACGAAGAGGCAUUCUGUGUGAAGGUGCUCUACCAGUGAGGGACCGCUGUGUGGCCAGUGCCCACUCCGAGUGCCCCUCCUUGCAGACCCUCUAGCCUUGCCGUCUCAGUGACUCAGGACGGGCCUGCACGGCCCGUGGAGCUGGCUGACUGGAGAGAGGUGGUGUUCCUGGUCAUGGCACAACACCUCAGUUAAGCUGGGACUAAUCCUGUGAGGGAAUGUGGCCUCCAGGUGGCCACAGCCGUGACCCCACUCUGCCCACGGCACACACAAGGCUAUGUGACUCCUCACGCCUCUCAGGCCGUCACCGUCUAGAACAAAUUGUGUUGUACCAGUCAUCCCCAAUGAUAAAAUUAUGUUUUUCUUACCAGAUUUAGUAUGAACAUAAUAUAUUUUAAUUUGCUAUGUAUUUUAUACUGGAAUUCUUUUGUAUCCAUUUUUUUUUUAAGUUAUUGAAUGAAGCAUUUCACUUCUA